GGAAAAGUCCUUUAAAGAAACAUGGUGAAUUACUACAAAGUACUGGGGAUGCCACAAAAUGCUUCCUCCUCUGAUAUUAAGAAGGCUUAUCACCAGUUAGCUCUUCGGGUCCACCCAGACAAGAACCCAGAAAACCGGGAGGCAGCUGAGGAGAAGUUCAAUCAAGUAGCAGAGGCCUAUGCAGUCUUGUCUGGUGCCGAGAAACACAACAACUAUGACAAGUCCAGAAGGAAUUGCAUCAAAAGGGAAAACAGAGGAGAUGGCGGGAACAAGGACUACUUGAAGGGGGAACUGUGGUUCGAGAGGCCACACUGUGGCUUUCAAAAUGUCUUUGAAGAUAAAGAGCCCUUCUCAGGAGACUCUUUUCCCAGUGGCCGUGUGGGUAGGGCCAGGAGGUUCCACUCCUCCUUCUUUUAUGUGACCCCCAUACUGGACACAGGAUUUUCCACUUUUGUAUCCCUGGGCUCUGGACCAAAUUCCCCUUCCUCUGCGACAUUUGUACCUUUUGUAAGCAGUGGAAUGGGAAACUUCAACCUGGUCACCACUUGUAGCCAGAUAGUGAAUGGCAAGGAAGUUGUUAUAAAGAAAGUUCUAGAAAAUAUGAGGCGGAAGACUGAAGUGGGAAAAGAACGCCUGUUUCAUCGGAUUCCUCCACGCCACUGGUAA